AUGGCCCGGGCGGGAGGGGCCCUGCUCGGGUCGCUGUGGGCCCGGCCCGGUGUCCAGAAGAGACGCGCGGUCUCGUGUGGGGGGAGGAUCCCGGCUCAGCCGAGUGGUGCGGUGUGGGGAGGGUUCGCGUUUGGCCCCGGCGCGUUCAAAGGCUGGUGGGCGCCGCUGAGGGGCCGGCUGGGGCACGCCCUGGCUGUAUUGUCGGCGAAGACGGGAGAGGGCUUGGUGGAUUCUUGCCGGGAAUGGCAACCUGAGCAUCCGGUAGCCGCGGGAAGUUUUCAAGGGAGAGUGAAUGAGAAACUUAAAGUUGGAAAAAGCAGUGUGGGAGAUGGACACAGGGGCGUCGGCUUGGCUGACCCUCAGGGCUACUUUCUGUGGAAGAAGAGAAAUGUCAUCCAGGUCCCCCUGACAAUGGCAGAUAUGGACCCUGCACAGGACCGCGUGGUCUUUGAGGACGUGGCCAUUUAUUUCUCCCAGGAGGAGUGGGGUCACCUUGAUGAGGCUCAGAGAUUGCUCUACCACGACGUGAUGCUGGAGAAUUUGGCACUUUUGUCCUCACUAGGUUGUUGGCAUGGAGCUGAGAAUGAGGAGCCACUUUCAGAUCAAGGUGUUUCUGUAGCAGCAUCAGAGGUCAUGAGUCCAGUACCCUAUCUAUCCACUCAGAAGGUCCAGCCUAGUGAGACAUGUGACCCACUUUUGAAAGACAUUCUGUGCUUGAUUGAGCGCAAUGGAACCUAUCCUGAACAAAAGAUAUAUAUUUGUGAGGCAGAGCUUUUUCAACACCGAAAGCAGCAAAUUGGAGCGAAUCUUUCCAGAGAAGGCAAUUGGAUACCUUCGUUUGGAAAGAACCAUGGAGUCAGUGUGGCAGAGAGGACCUUCACAUACAGUAAGGGUUGGAAGGAUUUGCCAGCCAUCUCAGGUCUUCUCCAGCACCAGGUCCCUCAAAGUGAGUGGAAGCCACACAGGGACACAGAGGAUAGUCAAGUCUUUCAAACUGGACAAAAUGAUUACAAAUGCAGUGAAUGUGGGAAAGCAUUCACUUGCAAAUAUUCACUUGUUGAGCACCAGAAAAUCCACACAGGAGAAAGGUCUUAUGAAUGUAACAAAUGUGGGAAAUUCUUUAGAUACAGUGCUAACUUCUUGAAACAUCAGACAGUUCAUAGCAGUGAAAGGACUUAUGAGUGCAGAGAAUGUGGAAAAUCCUUUAUGUACAACUAUAGACUCCUGAGACAUAAGAGAGUUCACACUGGAGAAAGGCCUUAUGAGUGCAACAUUUGUGGGAAGUUCUUUAGGUACAGCUCUACAUUUGUUAGACAUCAGAGAAUUCACACUGGAGAAAGGCCCUAUGAGUGCAGGGAAUGUGGGAAAUUCUUUAUGGACAGCUCCACACUCAUUAAACAUCAGAGAGUUCAUACUGGAGAAAGACCUUACAAGUGCAGUGAUUGUGGGAAAUUCUUUAGAUAUAUCUCUACACUCAUUCGACAUCAGAGAAUUCACACUGGAGAGAGGCCUUAUGAAUGCAGUGUGUGUGGAGAAUUCUUUAGGUACAACUCCAGCCUCGUUAAACACUGGAGAAAUCACACAGGAGAAAAGCCUUAUAAAUGCAGUGAAUGUGGGAAAUCCUUUAGGUACCACUGCAGACUCAUUAGACAUCAGAGAGUUCACACUGGAGAAAGGCCUUAUGAAUGCAGUGAAUGUGGGAAAUUCUUUCGGUACAAUUCCAACCUCAUUAAACAUUGGAGAAAUCACACUGGAGAAAGGCCUUAUGAGUGCAGAGAAUGUGGAAAAGCCUUUAGCCACAAACAUAUACUUGUUGAACACCAGAAAAUCCACAGCGGAGAAAGGCCUUAUGAGUGCAGUGAAUGCCAGAAGUCCUUCAUUAGAAAGUCUCACCUGGUUCAUCACCAGAAAAUUCACAAUGAAGAGAGGCUUAUGUGCUCAAUGAAUGUGGGGAGUUCUUUAAGCACAACUCCAACUUCAUUAAACAUCAGAGAUUUCACAGUGGAGGAAAUUUACCAUUGACCGUUUUAAUUGGAUAGUUCAGUAAUGUUAUGUUAAUUAUAUGUGUUUCUGCAACUAAUUUCCAGAAUUCUCUUCCUCUUGCAAAAACAACAAAACACAAAAUGCUAUGCCCAUUAAACAACUCAUUACCAUUCCCUACUGUCCCUAAAAACUUCACAACUACAUGCCUACUUUCUAUGUAUUUGAUAUCUAUUGGUACCUCAUAUAUGUGGAUUCAUAUAGUAUUUAUCCUUUUGA